AUGACAGAUCUCUUGAGAAGUGUUGUCACCGUCAUUGAUAUUUUCUACAAAUACACCAAGGAAGAUGGAGAGUGUGGCACACUAAGCAAGAAUGAGCUAAAGGAACUUCUGGAGAAAGAAUUUCGACCAAUUCUGAAGAACCCAGAUGAUCCAGACACAGUGGAUGUCAUCAUGCACAUGCUGGAUCGAGAUCAUGACCGAAGACUGGACUUCACUGAGUUUCUUCUCAUGGUAUUCAAGCUGGCUAUGGCUUGCAACAAGGUUCUCAGUAAACAAUAUUGCAAAGCUUCAGGGUCAAAGAAGCAUAGACGUGGUCACCAACACCAAGAGGAAGAAAACGAAACAGAAGAGGAAGAGGAGGAGACACCAGAACAGAAAUCAGGUUACAGACAUCCAAGUUGGAGUGAGAGAGAGGAACAUGGACAUAGUUCUGGGGGUUCAAGGGGAACUGUGAAACACAGACAUGGGUCCAACUCCUGGAGGCUGGGAAGGCAAGGCGAUUUAUCCAGUUUAAGGAACCUAAAGGGAUCUGAGAAAAGGCUCCAUGGGUCUAGCUCUGGUUAUUCAUGGAGUAGCAGUGAAGAAAGACAUGGUUCCAGCUCUGGGGAAAUGGGAGAAAGAAGAAACAAGUCAUACAUUAGCCCCUCUAGUGAAUCUGGGAAGGAAUAUGAAUCUGGAUCUGGGUCAAAGAGUCAGGGGAAGAAAGGUCAUGGUGAUCUGUCACAUGGAUUGGAGACUAGUGAGCACGAAUCAAACUCUUCUCAGCUGAAAAAGAGUAGAGAACAAAAACUUGGGUCUAUCUCAGGAGGUUUAGGAGACUGUAGGAGGCAAAGUCAUGCAUGUGGUUCCAGAAAUUCAGGUGGGUGUGGAAGGUCACAAAAUGCUUCUACUUCUUGUCAUGCAAGUAGAUCUGGAGGGCAACAAUCAUGUUGCCAAUCAGGAAGUAGUGGAGAACAAGGUCAUAGAUGUGUCUCAGGAGGGCAGUCAUCUGGAUAUUGCCAUCCUGAAUCUAGCUCUUGUAGCCAGUCUUCUAGUCAGAGAGGAUGUGGAUCUAGAAAAUGUGGUCAAUCACAGAACUGUGGUGCACAACAGAGAAGAGGCUCAAGUCAGCCCUCUUCCUGUGGACAAUAUGGGUAUGGAGCCAGUCAUUCUUCCAGUUCUAGUCAAUAUGGAUCUGGUUCAUGUGGAUAUCCUUCAAACUGUCAUCAAAGAGGGUCUGGAUCAAGUGAAUAUUCCAAUUGUGGUCAACAUGAGUUCAGUUCAGGUCAGAACUGCAGCCAUGAACAACAUGGAAGAGGCCAACAUGGGUCUGGUUCAGGUCAGUCUUGCUGUAGCCAGCACAGCUCAGGAUCCAGUCAAUCCUCUGCCUGUGGAGGGCAUGGGUAUGGCUCAGGUCAGGCCUCGGGCUUUGGCCAGCACGGGUCUGGAUCAGGUCAGUCCUCUGGCUUUGGCCAGCACGGGUCUGGCUCAGGUCAGUCCUCUGGGUUUGGCCAGCACGGGUCUGGGUCAGCUCAGUCCUCUGGCUUUGGCCAGCACAAGUCAGGGUCAGGUCAGUCCUCUGAACUUGGAGAGCAUGAGUCAGGGUCAGGUCAGUCCUCUGGCUUUGGACAGCAUGGGUCUGGCUCAGGUCAGUCCUCUGGACUUAGCAAGCACAAGUCUAGAUCAGGUCAGUCUUCUGGAUUUGGCCACCACAGUUCUGGCUCAGGUCAGUCCUCUGGCUUUGGCCAGCACAGAUCUGGCUCAGGUCAGUCCUCUGGCUUUGGACAGCACAGGUCUGGGUCAGGUCAGUCCUCUGGCUUUGGCCAGCAUGGGUCAGGGUCAGGUCAGUCCUCUGGCUUUGGACAGCACGAGUCUGGCCCAGGUCAGUCUUCUGGAUUUGGACAGCACGGGUCUGGGUCAGGUCAGUCCUCUGGCUUUGGCCAGCAUGGGUCUGGCUCAGGUCAGUCCUCUGGGUUUGGCCAGCAUGGGUCUGGAUCAGGUCAGUCCUCUGGCUUUGGCCAGCACGGCUCUGGGUCAGGUCAGUCCUCUGGCUUUGGCCAGCACGGGUCAGGCUCAGGUCAGUCCUCUGGCUUUGGCCAGCACAGCUCUGGGUCAGGUCAGUCCUCUGGAUUUGGCCAGCAUGGGUCUGGAUCAGGUCAGUCCUCUGGGUUUGGCCAGCAUGGGUCUGGAUCAGGUCAGUCCUCUGGGUUUGGCCAGCAUGGGUCUGGCUCAGGUCAGUCCUCUGACUUUGGCCAGCAUGGGUCUGGGUCAGGUCAGUCCUCUGGCUUUGGCCAGCACGGGUCUGGGUCAGCUCAGUCCUCUGGGUUUGGCCAGCAUGGGUCUGGCUCAGGUCAGUCCUCUGGGUUUGGCCAGCAUGGGUCUGGCUCAGGUCAGUCCUCUGGGUUUGGCCAGCACGGCUAUGGGUCAGGUCAGUCCUCUGGCUUUGGCCAGCACGGGUCAGGCUCAGGUCAGUCCUCUGGCUUUGGCCAGCACAGCUCUGGGUCAGGUCAGUCCUCUGGAUUUGGCCAGCAUGGGUCUGGAUCAGGUCAGUCCUCUGGGUUUGGCCAGCAUGGGUCUGGAUCAGGUCAGUCCUCUGGCUUUGGCCAGCACGGCUCUGGGUCAGGUCAGUCCUCUGGCUUUGGCCAGCACGGGUCAGGCUCAGGUCAGUCCUCUGGCUUUGGCCAGCACAGCUCUGGGUCAGGUCAGUCCUCUGGAUUUGGCCAGCAUGGGUCUGGGUCAGGUCAGUCCUCUGGGUUUGGCCAGCAUGGGUCUGGCUCAGGUCAGUCCUCUGGGUUUGGCCAGCAUGGGUCUGGCUCAGGUCAGUCCUCUGGGUUUGGCCAGCAUGGGUCUGGGUCAGCUCAGUCCUCUGGGUUUGGCCAGCACGGGUCUGGCUCAGGUCAGUCCUCUGGGUUUGCCCAGCACGGGUCUGGCUCAGGUCAGUCCUCUGGGUUUGGCCAGCACGGGUCUGGCUCAGAUCAGUCCUCUGGGUUUGGCCAGCACGGGUCUGGCUCAGGUCAGUCCUCUGGCUUUGGUCAACCAAAAUUUGGCUCACACAAGCCUUCUUCUUCUGGUCAAUAUGGGUCAAGUUCACGUAAUUCAUCAGGAAAAGAACAUGAGUCUGGUUCAGGAAAAUCUUCCAAUUAUAGCAAAUAUGAAUCUACAAGAAAUGGAAAAGGAAGCAGUGGAACUAAUUCAAGGAAAACUUGUCCAAUAUGCGGAAAACCAUUGUCAGAUUCAACCUAUAGUGAAGUAAGUAGACAAGAAAGAACUGAGAGUGACAAUGAAAAAGGUAGGGGUCACAGGACAUCAGGAAGUGAAACUAGUUCAAGGCAAGGACAGUACAGUGAUAGUGAGGAGCAUUCAGCAGUAUCACACAGACACACAGGAUCCAGUCAGGGUCAGGAAGGAUCUCAGCAUGGAGAGUCAAGAUCCACAAUUCAAGGGAGAAAGGGUACUACUCACACACAAUCACAAGAUACAUCUACACAUGCUCAGUCUGGGCAUGGACAAUCAUCGCACACCGUGCCUCACACAACGGGAAGAAGAGGAUCAGUCCACAGUGAGUCUAGUGAGAGUGAGGAGCAUUCUGGAGUCUCACACGGACACACAGGAUUCAAGAAAGGCCAAGCAGGAUCUCAACAUGCAGAGUCGCAAUCCUCAGGUCAGGGGAGAAAGACAACUACACAACGACAGUCAAGAGAUACCUCUAGAUCUGAGCACUCUAGUCGUGGACAAUCAUCGCACACCGUGCCUCACACAACGGGAAGAAGAGGAUCAGUCCACAGUGAGUCCAGUGAGAGUGAGGAGCAUUCUGGAGUCUCACACAAACACACAGGAUCCAAGAAAGUCCACAGCCAAGCAGGAUCUCAACAUGCAGAGUCGCAAUCCUCAGGUCAGGGGAGACAGACAACUACACAACGACAGUCAAGAGAUACCUCUAGAUCUGAGCACUCUAGUCGGGGACAAUCAUCGCACACUGUGCCCCACACAACGGGAAGAAGAGGAUCAGUCCACAGUGAGUCUAGUGAGAGUGAGGAGCAUUCUGGAGUCUCACACAAACACACAGGAUUCAAGAAAGGCCAAGCAGGAUCUCAACAUGCAGAGUCGGGAUCCUCAGGUCAGGGAAGACAGACAACUACACAACGACAGUCAAGAGAUACCUCUAGAUCUGAGCACUCUAGUCGUGGACAAUCAUCGCACACCGUGCCUCACACAACGGGAAGAAGAGGAUCAGUCCACAGUGAGUCCAGUGAGAGUGAGGAGCAUUCUGGAGUCUCACACAAACACACAGGAUUCAAGAAAGGCCAAGCAGGAUCUCAACAUGCAGAGUCGGGAUCCUCAGGUCAGGGGAGACAGACAACUACACAACAACAGUCAAAAGAUACCUCGAGAUCUGAGCACUCUAGUGGAGGAAAAUCCUCACACACUGUGCCCCACACAACGGAAAGAAGAGGAUCAGUCCACAGUGAGUCUAGUGAGAGUGAGGAGCAUUCUGGAGUCUCACACAAACACACAGGAUUCAAGAAAGGCCAAGCAGGAUCUCAACAUGCAGAGUCGCGAUCCUCAGGUCAGGGGAGACAGACAACUACACAACGACAGUCAAGAGAUACCUCUAGAUCUGAGCGCUCUAGUGGAGGAAAAUCCUCACACACUGUGCCCCACACAACGGGAAGAAGAGGAUCAGUCCACAGUGAGUCUAGUGAGAGUGAGGAGCAUUCUGGAGUCUCACACAAACACACAGGAUUCAAGAAAGGCCAAGCAGGAUCUCAACAUGCAGAGUCGGGAUCCUCAGGUCAGGGGAGACAGACAACUACACAACGACAGUCAAAAGAUACCUCUAGAUCUGAGCACUCUAGUCGUGGACAAUCAUCGCACACCGUGCCUCACACAACGGAAAGAAGAGGAUCAGUCCACAGUGAGUCUAGUGAGAGUGAGGAGCAUUCUGGAGUCUCACACAAACACACAGGAUUCAAGAAAGGCCAAGCAGGAUCUCAACAUGCAGAGUCGGGAUCCUCAGGUCAGGGGAGACAGACAACUACACAACGACAGUCAAAAGAUACCUCUAGAUCUGAGCACUCUAGUGGAGGAAAAUCCUCACACACCGUGCCUCACACAACGGAAAGAAGAGGAUCAGUCCACAGUGAGUCUAGUGAGAGUGAGGAGCAUUCUGGAGUCUCACACAAACACACAGGAUUCAAGAAAGGCCAAGCAGGAUCUCAACAUGCAGAGUCGCGAUCCUCAGGUCAGGGGAGACAGACAACUACACAACGACAGUCAAAAGAUACCUCUAGAUCUGAGCACUCUAGUGGAGGAAAAUCCUCACACACUGUGCCCCACACAACGGGAAGAAGAGGAUCAGUCCACAGUGAGUCUAGUGAGAGUGAGGAGCAUUCUGGAGUCUCACACAAACACACAGGAUUCAAGAAAGGCCAAGCAGGAUCUCAACAUGCAGAGUCGGGAUCCUCAGGUCAGGGGAGACAGACAACUACACAACGACAGUCAAGAGAUACCUCUAGAUCUGAACACUCUAGUCGUGGACAAUCAUCGCACACCGUGCCUCACACAACGGAAAGAAGAGGAUCAGUCCACAGUGAGUCUAGUGAGAGUGAGGAGCAUUCUGGAGUCUCACACAAACACACAGGAUUCAAGAAAGGCCAAGCAGGAUCUCAACAUGCAGAGUCGCAAUCCUCAGGUCAGGGGAGACAGACAACUACACAACCACAGUCAAAAGAUACCUCUAGAUCUGAGCACUCUAGUGGAGGAAAAUCCUCACACACUGUGCCCCACACAACGGGAAGAAGAGGAUCAGUCCACAGUGAGUCUAGUGAGAGUGAGGAGCAUUCUGGAGUCUCACACAAACACACAGGAUUCAAGAAAGGCCAAGCAGGAUCUCAACAUGCAGAGUCGGGAUCCUCAGGUCAGGGGAGACAGACAACUACACAACGACAGUCAAGAGAUACCUCUAGAUCUGAGCACUCUAGUCGAGGAAAAUCCUCACACACUGUGCCCCACACAACGGGAAGAAGAGGAUCAGUCCACAGUGAGUCUAGUGAGAGUGAGGAGCAUUCUGGAGUCUCACACAAACACACAGGAUUCAAGAAAGGCCAAGCAGGAUCUCAACAUGCAGAGUCGCAAUCCUCAGGUCAGGGGAGACAGACAACUACACAACGACAGUCAAGAGAUACCUCUAGAUCUGAGCACUCUAGUCGUGGACAAUCAUCGCACACCGUGCCUCACACAAAGGGAAGAAGAGGAUCAGUCCACAGUGAGUCCAGUGAGAGUGAGGAGCAUUCUGGAGUCUCACACAAACACACAGGAUUCAAGAAAGGCCAAGCAGGAUCUCAACAUGCAGAGUCGCAAUCCUCAGGUCAGGGGAGACAGACAACUACACAACGACAGUCAAGAGAUACCUCUAGAUCUGAGCACUCUAGUCGUGGACAAUCAUCGCACACCGUGCCUCACACAACGGGAAGAAGAGGAUCAGUCCACAGUGAGUCUAGUGAGAGUGAGGAGCAUUCUGGAGUCUCACACAAACACACAGGAUCCAAGAAAGGCCAAGCAGGAUCUCAACAUGCAGAGUCGGGAUCCUCAGGUCAGGGAAGACAAAGAGCUACAGAAGUACAGUCAAGAGAUACCUCUAGAUCUGAGCCUUCCAGUCAUGGACAAUCCUCACAUACUGGUUCCCAUACAUCUGGUAGAAAAGGAUCAGUCCACAUUGAGUCAACUGGCAGUGAGGAGCAUUCUGCAGUCUCAAGUAGACACACAGGAUCCAGUCAUGGUCAGUCUGGAUCUCAUCAUGAAGAGUUAUUGUCCAGCCAUAAACAGCCACAAAGCUCUCUGAGGCAGUCACCACAUGGAUCAAGGAAACAGUCUAGUAGUGCCCGUGGCCAUUCUGGAACAAGACAUUUUCACUCACAGAGUAGCGAACGACAAAGACAUGGAUCAAGUCAAGUGUGGAGACAUGGCAGCUAUGGACAAGCAGAAUAUGAUUAUGGGCAGUCUGGGUACGGACCUUCUGGUGGCAGCAGAACUAGCAACCACAAUUCUAGCCCUGUGAGAACAACAGAUUUAGUCUCAAACACGCAAGUGUAUAGACAUGGACAAUCAUUUUCUACUUCUGACCAUAAAGUAUCCAAAGCAACUGAAAUAACCGGAAGUCAGGGUUCAAGGUUCCGUUCAACUGGUGCGGCUGGCCCGCACAAGAUGCAAGCUGAGCCAUCCAUGUCCCAUAUUGGAAUGGCUGCAUUCAAUUCCUGA